CGAGUAUCGUGGGCUUUGUAUACAAGCUUCGUCUCGGCUUCCUCCGCCGUGUCGAUGAGAAAUGACCAACCCUAGCACAUUGAUAUCUAUGCAAUGAUAACUUGAGUCGCAUUCAUCAUGUCUAGCAAAAGACAUUCCAUUCUUCCCGCUAUCGAUCGCAGUGGUCCUAGGCCCCCCGUCCAUUUCUCAGACUCCCUGACCAUAUCCGACAAUGCGAUUCUCCAAGGAACACACUCGAUCACGAUACAAUCAGAAACGGUAGUACACCCUCGAUCAAAGUUUGAGUCAAACUCCGGAUCUAUUCUUAUCGGGCGACGAUGUCUCAUUCACGAACGAACACACCUGGGAACUCGCCCUGUCGACCCUGAUACUGCGCAACGUGGUGGCAUCGUGCUGGCAGACUUUGUUACAAUCGAGGCAGGCAGUAUUAUUGAAGCUGGCAAUACCGAGAUCGGCGAGGGUACGGUAGUUCACGCUGGGUCAACUAUUGGAAGUGGUGCUAGGAUCGGCAAGAACUGCACUAUUACGCAGAUGACAAAGAUUGCCCCUGGAACGAUAUUGCCUGACAACACUGUCGUCUUCUCGAACGGGACAAGACGAAUCGAUCGACGUAACCUUGCUGAUCAGAGGAAGAUUGCCUUAAUGAAACAGCUCGCAGUCCUGCGAAAAAUGAUACCCAGUAACGCCGACAAAUUUAAAUAAGAUACCCAUUGAUAUAAUCUUUUGAACGACCUCAUUAUAUAUACGAUUCCGCUCGGCGGGUCUCCUUUUGGCGAUACUCCUUUGUUCUAUCACCAUAUUGAUCACAAAGAAUCUACAGACACAUUCUCCAUAAAGUGUAGUUACACCUCAGGAGCAUCAUACAACACCGAAUAGCAAUCCUAUCACAACGGGUAGAGUGCGAAAAUGCCUGCAGCUCAUAUUAAAAUAUUAGUAUUG